UUGGUGAAGUACACUAGCGCGCUAAACGAGACGGGUUAAUCGCACAGACGUAUCGGAAAUUCAUUUUAAUAAAAAUUAAACACAAACCUUUGUAAAGAGAAAAAUAAAAUAAAAAUUGAAAAAUCGAAAAUUUUCACCGUAAAAAGUGCAUUUUGUCGCUGACGUCGGCGUCGUUCAUUCUCGUUUGCGCGUUGCCGUUAAGAAUUCUUAAUUUGUAUUACAUUACAUUUGUGGAAAAUAUUACAAGUGCAUAAUUUUACAAAUAAAUGUGACAACAACUGCAGUGUGUUUUUUGGUGUUUUUGUGCUUUCCCUUGUGCUUUUUUAAACAGCUGUGUGUGUGUGGCUUAUGAGCCAGCAAAAGUAACAAGUGCCAGUGCUCGUUUACAUAGAUAUAUUUUUUUUUGUUGUUUUUGUUAUUUUUCUGUCCACCUUUUCCUGUUAUUUUUUUGUGUAUACUCUCACAUACAAGCAUACAUAGUGUAACAAGUUCUUUGUAGAAUUCUCAAACCAUUCCAACUCGUCGCGCAUUCAUACCUACAUAGAAGAAUUCUACGUGCGCGCGUUCGUCACUUAAGUCUUUUGAUUCGCCUACAAAUUGUUUAACAGUACGUACAUACCGCGAGCAAUUUGUAUACAAUUCGUCACAACACUCGGUCAAAAGCCGGCAGUUCGCUGUUAUAUCUCGUGAUUUAUUGCUUGCUGCCGCUACGUUGUGCCUCCGUCCUUCGUCGACGUCUGCAUCUUCGCGCGUUAUCACCAUCAGACAACAGGGAAUGGGCGUGCUGUGGCUCAUUGCAAAGUACCUGCCAUGUGCUCGCAUCAUGGUGUCACGCCGCAAGAUUCUUUCACGUUCUAGAGAUGAUCUGAAUUUGGAUCAGACUUUUAGUCCACAGGAAGAGGAGGAGGAUGUGUGGUAUCAGAAGGAGAAAUUAUAUAAGGAGCACAUACAAGAAGUUUUAGACAAAUGGACACAAAUCGACGAUGAGAUUUGGGCUAAAGUGAUUGUUUUCGAACGCAAUCGACGCGUAGCGAAAGCAUAUGCACGCGCACCAGUGCUCACCAUAAAUGGUUCGGAUGACGGCUUCGAUGGCAUGCGCAUCGGCUUAUGUGGUUUUGAUAAUCCAAUGCGCGAUCAAAAGACCGAGGAAUAUAAGCGGCAUAUCGGACAGGGUGUCAAAAUCAAAAUGGAUGACGCUGGCAAUAUACUCGUUCGCCGCUAUGCCAAGAGUAAUGUUUACGUCAAGAGCACAGCGAGCGCUCCCAACGAGGAGACAUCCAUUGGUGCCGACAUACUCAAAUUGCCAAAUCAAGCAUUGGAAAGUGAAAAAAUAGUCAAAUUAUUCGAUAUGAAAAAAUUCCAAUCGAAUGUAAAUCGUGAACUUCGUCGUGCUUAUCCCGAUCGUCGACGCCUGGAGACACAAUGUCUGUCCGUUGUGGCUUUUGUCAAAUCGGAGAAUGAUAUACUCGAUUGUCCCGUUUGGGUGCUCAUUGUCAAUGUGGUCGCAAUGGAUAUGUUAAAGAGCAAAUUGCCACCAGUGCAACGCCCCAUUGUGGACAUCAAGAAUCGCCCUAGAAUCCCCAUACCGGACGAGGAUCCUUACAGCGUGGCCGGCAAUGGCAGCGGCGGCAGUUCGGGCAGCUCUGGUUUUGGUGCUGGCAGCAGUUCGGGACAUCAUUCACAACAACAACAGCAGGCAGCAGCCGCUGGCAUGGGCCUUGGUAUGCAUACUAUGAACGGCGCCGGCAUGAAUGGUGGCACCGCCGUGGCUGGGCAUGUGGCCGCCACACGCGAACAAUUGCUGUUGCAGACACAACAAUUGGCUCAUAAACGCAGCGAGAAGCCACCGAAAUUGCCGCCACGCGAUAAUAUUUACUCGCAUGAUAUUAUACCGAAGCCCGAUUACGAUGACAUCGAGGUGGAUACUAGAAUCAAAUUGUCACGUGGCAAAUCCGACAAAGGCAAGGACAACAAGAAAUAUGAUGAUCCUUACUACUGUGGCUUGCGCGCACGUGUGCCCAAUUUCGUGAAGACUUCAAAAUCCAGCAAGGAGCACAAGGAGCAUGUCAGCAAUGGUACGCUAGUUAAUGGCAAUGCUGGCAACACGAAUGGCAACUCGAACGGCAGCAACAUGAACACGCUCAGCCAGAAGAAGAACUCCAUGAUACACAUGUCGAUGACAGCGCCCAAUUUGCAUGCGAUGCACGUGGCAGCACCACAGCCGCCACCGCACAUGCAUCCACAUCACAUACAGCAACAGCAGAUGAUGGCCGCCGCUGCGGCACAUGCCGUGCAUCAUCACCAUCCGGCAGCGGCAGCAGCACAUCUGGUGCCACAGCAUCCGAUGUGGCAGACGCGCAGCUUUGAGAGCGGCAUAGAUGCCGACUUAGUUGAAUCACCAUACAAUCACAUUUAUGGACGUUUGCCGCUGCCAACGCGUGGUUAUGUGCCCACGCCCCGCACCAUGUACAUUGGCGAAUGGGAUUGAUAAGCAAUUGGAUGGGAUGUAUUCGAAGCAUAACAAUAAAAAACAAUAAUUGCAUAUAGCCAUAUACAUACGUGUAUAUAUGUGUGUCUAUGACUUUGCUCUAUAUACUCAAAAGAAGUAAUUCAGAUGAAUAUUUUUAUGUGUGUAUAUGCUCACAUUUAUUAUGUAACACACGUAUAAGAGAGAGAAUAUUUUGCAUAAUUUAUAUGCAACAUUUAUUAACUAAUUGUAAGCUGAUCUAUAUAUAUGUAUGUAUGUAACUGAGUAGAAAUGUCUAAGGAGUUGAUAUACAAACACAUGCAUAUUAAAAAAAAUGUUAUUAUAGAGAAUGUAUAACGGUAAUAUUGAGCUAAAAAUACGAAAUAUUUAGUAUUUACUAUGUUCAAGUAUACACAGACAAACGUAAAUAUGUUAAGCAUAUAAGGAAUUAACAAGGAAGAGAUUUCUAAAAUAUAUUUGAUUAUAUUCAUAUUUAGCGGCCCGCUUGUUCUUCUUCUUUGGUUGCUUUAGACAAAAGGUUCGCAUUACAUUUUACUGUAUAUGAGCUUAUAAUAUCACUUAAAUA